AAUCAAAAAUGAAUCUUUGUGAACAAUGUGGAUAUCAUUUGAAAAUGAGUAGUUCAGAUAGAAUCGAACUUUCGAUCGAUCCGGAUACUUGGGAUGCUAUGGAUGAAGACAUGGUUUCUUUGGAUCCCAUUGAAUUUCAUUCGGAAGAGGAGCCUUAUAAAGAUCGUAUCGAUUCUUAUCAACGAAAGACAGGAUUAACGGAAGCCGUUCAAACAGGCAUAGGCCAAUUAAAUGGUAUUCCCAUAGCACUUGGGGUUAUGGAUUUUCAGUUUAUGGGGGGUAGUAUGGGAUCCGUGGUUGGAGAGAAAAUAACCCGUUUGAUUGAGUACGCUACUAACCAAUUGCUCCCUCUUAUUAUAGUAUGUGCUUCUGGGGGGGCGCGUAUGCAAGAGGGAAGUUUGAGUUUAAUGCAAAUGGCUAAAAUAUCUUCUGCUUUAUAUGAUUAUCAAUCAAAUAAAAAGUUAUUCUAUGUACCAAUUCUUACAUCUCCUACUACAGGGGGGGUGACUGCUAGUUUUGGUAUGUUGGGAGAUAUCAUUAUUGCCGAACCCAACGCCUAUAUUGCAUUUGCGGGUAAAAGAGUAAUUGAACAAACAUUGAAUAAAACAGUACCUGAAGGUUCACAGGCGGCUGAAUAUUUAUUCCAGAAGGGCUUAUUCGAUCUAAUCGUACCACGUAAUCUUUUAAAAAGCGUUCUGAGUGAGUUAUUUCAGCUCCACGCUUUCUUUCCUUUGAAUAAAAAUUCAAUAGAGCAUUAAGCUCCUUUUUAUUUGUAGCAAACAAGUAAUUUGUUUAUCAGAAUCCAAGUAAAACGAAUAUGAAUGGGGUUUCUUUGUUGACAUAAGAUCUAAAUUGUAAAAAGAAUCAAAAGCAAAAGUCGCGGAUAACUCUUUUUUAUCUAUAUUCUUGAUUACUAAUUAAGUUAAGAGGCCUCUACCAACAAGAAAAAAGUGAAUUAUUUUUUUCGUCAAACGCCAAAUUAUAGGAAAAUCCAAAUUUUUGUUCUACGUCUUACGUAUGUAUAUAGAAUCCAAAUUUUGUACCUUCUAUACUCACUUAGAUAUAUACUUAGAUUUAUACUAAUAAAACUUUGAAUUCGAAUAUAUUAUUAAUUAUAAUUAUUGAGUUGAAUUCUGAAUAAGAUAAGAUAUCUUUAUAAAUAAUAACAGGUACAAAUAGUAAAUUGAGGUAUCCUUUAUAUGACAACUUUCGACUUUCCCUCUGUUUUGGUGCCUUUAGUGGGCUUAAUAUUUCCGGCAAUGGCAAUGGCUUCUUUAUUUCUUCAUGUUCAAAAUAAUAAGACUGUUUAGAUCUGAUGGGCCCAACUCUCAUCCAUUUUUUUUUCAAAA